AUGCGCACAGUCGUUACUUGUAUCCGCACAAGAGUCGUCAGCAUCACCGACUAUGCUAUGCACCAUGAUUACCCGCUCUGCCUCUCGAUCCAAGUUCCCGGAGAACACAAUGAUAACGAGUCAAUUCUUGCUGCUGCAGAGCUAUCGGCGGAGUAUCUGAUAUCACAGGUUGCCAGGGGGUUUGUUCGCAUUAACCGCUCUUUGCUUUUUGGGAGGAGAUAG